AGUAAAUAAACAGUUCGCCAAUGGGCACCGCACCGUCGCCCGCGCUUUCAUUCAUUUGUUUCUUUUGCGUCUUUAUUGAUAAAAUGGCGGCCAAAUUUUUUAUUUAUGCUAAAAAUUAUAGCUUAUAGUUAAGUUUAAAUAAAUUAGGUACUUAACAAAAACUGUCAUGAUUUUCUAUUGUAUAAUCUCGAAGGUUAUAUACAGGUUGACUAUAUAUAACCAAUUAACCAAUAAGUUAACCAAUUAGUUUUACUUUGUCUACAUACUCAGCCCACUAUCCUGAAAAACCUAAGCGGCCAACUGCGAAAUCGAGAAAAAGAAAUCAGAUGUUCUGUACAUUUUGCUCCCGGUAGGUAUUUGAUUUCGUACGGAACAGCAAAUUGUGUUUUUCAGGAUGGCGGACUGAGUGUGUAGACAAAUUAAAGCUAAUUGGUUAAAUGUCAACCGGUAUGUAAUAAAAUAGUAAGUACAUAGACUUUUUAUACAAGAGAUUUGAGUUUCAAUAUAAAGAGGGAGUCCAGAAAUGACCAAUAACGUUGAGCGAUAUGUCAUAGUAUUAUUGUUCAUAAUAUACCUAUAUCAUGCUUUAGCUUGUCUUAAGCUAGCUUAAUGCAACUACUUCCUUAACCUCCUAGGGGUGAUGCAGAUCACAUCACCCCAAGGCAAACUGGUAUAGAAUUCUGAUGGUUUUUGUGUUAUUGUGCAUAAAGUUUGUAAUUACUACUUAGUAUAAAACAAAGUCGCAUUCCGCUGUCUGUCUGUCCCUAUGUAUGCUUAGAUCUUAAAAACUGCGCAACGGAUUUAGAUUCAAGAAGAAGGUUGUAUAUAACAUGGAUCCUUGCGAAGCCGGGGUCGGUCGCUUUAAAAUAAAAAUGAACAAUAAUUCAACUGGAUAUUUGUUAUGUCAAAAUCAUAAAUGCAUUUUUUUUAUUGUUUUAGGUCGACUUUGAAUAAAAAAGUUCAAUACUUUGAAUUCUCUAACAAGAGAACAACCACUAAUAUCUGGAAUCAUUUUCUUCGUGCAAGUGAUGGUCAAAGCGCAAAGUGCAAAACUUGUCACAAAAUAUUAAAAAUUAGCGGUGGUUCUACUACCGGUUUACAUACGCAUUUUCGAUCAGUACACCCAUAUUUAAAUACAACAAAUACAGAAGAGGAUAAUGAAAAUGUUACAUCAAUAAGUGUACCAGACAUCACUCCAGGGACUUCUAAACUACCGGUAGCAGACGCAAAAAAGAGAAAACUCGUGACAGAUUUCUUUAGAUCCGGUGAUUCAAUAGAGGUAGUUGUGUCCCGAAUGGCAGCAUUAGAUGGGUGUACCUUUAGAUUUCUAACGGAGAGCCAAGAUUUGAGAAAUGUAUUUAAAAAAAGUGGAUACGAUUUGCCCAAAUCAUCCAAUACAAUAGGAAAAAUAAUAUUUACUCAAGCUGAAGAAGUCAAAGCUGCAACUAUUACCAAAAUAUUGGAAUUAAAAACAGCCGGAGAAAGAUUUGCGUUGACAUUGGAUGAAUGGACGUCUUUGCGUAAUAAGCGCUAUAUGAACAUAAAUUUACACAGCAAAGGUUUCGGUGGUUUUAAUUUUAAAAAUCUAGGUCUCGUCAAGAUCAGUGGUUCAAUGCCAGCUCAGAAAGCGUUUGAAUUAUUACGAGACCAUCUUGCAAAAUUCAAAGUCUCUGUGGAUGACGACGUCAUAAGUCAAACCACUGACGGGGCAAGUGUGAUGAUCAAAAUGGGGACUUAUUUCAAAGGAUAUCACCAGCUGUGUCUCGCUCAUGGCAUUCAACUGGCUGUUAUCGAUACUCUUUACAAACUUGGAUCUCAAAUACCUAUUAUUCACCAUACAUCUGAUGAGGAAUUUGAAAGUGACGACACUUACGAAGACGAUGAGGAUUUGGCAACAAAUGAUAGUAGUUUUCAAAUUGAAAUUCCCACUGCUCGUGCUAGUGUAAAGUUAUAUCCGGAAGUUAUAUCAAAAGUUCGAAGCCUGGUAAAGUCGGUAAGAAAAUCACCACUCAAAGCAGAUACACUCCGAGACUAUGUACUCCGGCAACAUGGCAAAGAAAUACAGUUACAACUAGAUUGUCGUACGCGUUGGUCGAGCAUGUCUGAUAUGAUUGGGGUAUUUUUAAAGUUAAAAGACUCUAUUUCGAAAGCUUUAAUUGAUUGGAAAUCAGAUAUUUCGUUUUCGGAGAAUGAUAUCCAGUGUCUUAACGAGAUCCAUCACAGCUUGAAUGUGGUAAAACUGACAGUUAUGUCUUUAUGCCGACGUGAAACGACGCUCUAUACGGCCGAUACUGCAUUAAAGUUUAUGCUUAAAAAACUAGAUGAACAGGACACUUUUUUAAGUAAAAAUCUGGCAUCGAAUUUGCGAAGUCGUAUAAAAGCAAGAAGGCUUUUAUUAGCAGGUGUGCUUCAUUAUUUGCAUGAUGCAGAGGAUUUUUUUGCGGAACCAGAUAAUGACACUUUUCCCAAACCUGAUAGUAAUGAAAUAUCUGACAUUGUCGUCAAUUUACUAAGUCAGCUUAAAUACAAAACUACGGCCGCGUUCGCAACGGAUGAUUCAUGCAACAGCCGUGACUCUAAUCUCCAAUUUGAAAGGUCUGAGGAAUCGUUGACGUUGACAUUACAAGAACAGCUAGAGAAAGAACUAGAAAAAUGUCAACAAUUUAACAAGAAUAAAGAUCAGUCUUCUAACACCAAUUUGGACCUUUUGGGAUUCGUCCAAAUAGAAAAGGCUAUAUAUGAUAAUGGAGGGCAACGAGGGAUAUAUCUCACAGAGGCAUAUAAAUAUUUGAUGUGCAUUUUACCUACUAGUGUAGAGAGUGAGAGAGUCUUUUCGAGCGCCGGUUAUUUUUGUAACCGUCUGCGAAGCUCACUUUCUGAUAAAAUGUUGCACGCACUAUUGUUCUUAAGAACACAUUAUCAGGAGCAGAGAUUACUGGCCAAAAUCAAGUAAACUAAAAACGUAGGUGUUCCUAUUUGAUCUUUAAUGUUUGUUGAUUUUGUUGUCAAAUAGAUGUUCAAAUAUUGUUUUUAUUUUUUGUCUACUAAUUUUGAUAUUAGAAUUAUAAGAUCGACACGGAGUCGGAGACGUAUUUUUAAAAUAAAUCUUAUUUGAUUUGAUUUCAAUUAUGUUUAACGAAUGUUGAUUUAUUUUUUAUUUAAUUUAAUUUUGAUAUCAGAAUUAUAAGAUCGACAAGGAGUCGGAGAAGUAUUUUUAAAAUAUGUCUUAUUUGAUCUCAAGUACUUAUGUUCAAAAUUCAAAUUCAAAAAUUCUUUAUUAAAUCAACGUAUUACAUAAUACACAGGUAGCAGAGACCCAUCAAUUAAGUUAGAAAAAACCUGUGUCUGAUGAGUCCCGCUCUUUCACCAGAUGUCUUAAUGCCUUAUCUAAAAAUAACAUAACAAAAAUAAUUGUUUUAUUCUAAAAACAAUAUUUUGUAUGUCUCUUUUAAACCACACGAGUUAACAAUGCCUCAGUAUCGUCAUAGUCUAGGUUCUGUAACCACGAUGAUAAUGCCAAUUUACAAUCAUAAAGGGUUUUAGCGUAAAUUCCUACCUUUUUGUCCAAUAACUUAUACAAAUAGACAGACAAUUUAUAGUUUUGGUUGGAUGCAAACACAGUAUUGACAGUUUCUAUGUGAAUGAUUAUAUUUGGUCUUCUGUUAACUAGGUUAUCUUUUAUAAAUUUUAUUGAUUUGUGUUGUUUGAGUACAGAAUGUAAUAUAUAUAGUUGCCUAAUAGUCAGUACUUUAGUUUCGGUGUACAGAGAGUGUGUUGGAUAGCGGUAAGGCUUAAAGCACAUUAUUUUUAGUAAUGACCGUUGGGCUCGUUCUAGUUCUAGUAGCUUAGACUUGCCAGUACAACCCCAUACUGGGAUACAAUAUGUGAGAAUUGAUUGAACAAGAGAUAUGUAAAUUUUUCGUAAUAAUUUUAUGUCAGCUACGUGCCUAAGGUUUUUAAAGAUCCAGGAUAGUUUCCUUACUCUAGCCGUUACAGAUUCUACAUGGGAAUGCCAAUUAAUGUUCUGAUCGAUUACUACACCAAGGUACUUUGCAGCUUUUACUUUGGUAAUGAUCAUGCAACUACAAGGCUCCUGAGAACUCCGACAGUCAUGAAGCUUUAAUGUUGAACUUUCAGGUGGUUGGGAAUCAUUACGAAUAGAAAAGGCAAUAUAAUUAGUUUUAGAAAUAUUUAAGGUAAGGAUGUUAGAUUUUAACCAAUUGUUAGCUGUUUUUAGUCCUUGUUCUGCGAGCUCAUACACAUUUUCCCAAGAGUCACCCGAAAAGACAAUGGCUGUGUCGUCUGCAUAGGAGAACACCUGACCUCCUCUCAGAUUUAACUCGCAUAAGCUAUUUAUAUAAAUGAGAAAAAGAGUAGGGCCAAGUACACUGCCUUGAGGGACACCAUGUGUUAUCAACCCAUCCUCGCUCAAGAACUGUCCUACUUUAACUUUUUGUCUCCGAUCGUGUAGGUAGUCUGAAAACAGUUUUAGAGGUGCACCCCGUAUUCCUAUAUGUUCGAGCUUUUGCAGAAGUAUUGGUACCGACACCGUAUCAAAUGCAUUUUUUAAGUCUAGGAAUACGGAAAUGCAUUUUUUCCUAGAAUCUAGUUGUGAGACCACCAAUUUAGUGAAGUCAGACACUGUAUCUUCCGUACUACGGCCAGAUCUAAAUCCGUAUUGACGUAUGUUUAACGAAUGUUGACUUAAUUUUUAUUUGAUUUAAUUUUGAUAUUAGAGUUAUAAGAUCGACAAGGAGUCGGAGAAGUAUUUUUAAAAUAUGUCUUAUUUGAUUUGAUCUCAAGUACUUAUGUUUAACGAAUGUUGACUUAAUUUUUAUUUGAUUUAAUUUUGAUAUUAGAGUUAUAAGAUCGACACGGAGUCGGAGACGUAUUUUUAAAAUAUGUCUUAUUUGAUUUGAUCUCAAGUAUGUUUAAAGAAUGUUGAUUUAAUUUUUAUUUAAUUUAAUUUUGAUAUUAGAAGAAAAUAAAAGACUGAAUAGACGAUUGUUCUUUUAUUUAAACACACUAUGUAUGUUAUCUUAUAAUAAGUAUAGAUUUAUAGAAUAAAAACAAAUGGUGCCAAUUCCGGUACCAGUACCGGAAUUCCGGUAUUAGGUCUCUAGUACCGAAACUCAAUUCCGGUAUUGAUAACUUUCCGGUAUUGCAUGCCCUAAUACUGCCCUGCUAAGCGCAAAAGCGGUAUCUCAAAAAAAAUCGUAAAAUUGAUUUUUAUGCCAUCGGAUAGCUUUAAAAAAUACGCAUCUACUGGACUAAGCCAUUUAGCACUAUCUUGUUCAAAACGUAUGAAAAAACCUUAAGAAAGAUUUUUCUAUCUCAGUUUUACCAUAUAUCACUAAGGGUGUUAGAGGUAUAUUAAUAUUACGUAGGCAACCAGCCGCAAAUUUAAAUAUCGCUAAAAUUCUUAAAUAAAUACACAACUUUUGCUUAGCCGAUAAGCGGUAAGUAGGAUGAGUAAAAUCAGUAAUGAGUUACCGCUAUAAUGCUUAGUAUUUUAAUGCUUGCAUAAUACGCAAACUGUUUUGAAUUAGUGAGAUACGGUUGCAAUAGCAAAAUUAAAUUAGCCCUUAUGGUUUUACUGGAUAAGAUCGAAUUUCUAAUACAUUUUACAGUGAUUUAUCCCUGCCCUUGGCAAAUUCGUUCGCAAAUUCGUGUCAUAACUUGUUUGUUUUUGUUGUGAAGAGGUCAUGAUAUUUGUGCAAAAUUGAGAAAAAAACUGUAAAUUAAGGUGCUUAAUGGGGUCACUUCAUACAUUGACAUUCAGAUAAACCAUGUCGCAAAGAAAUACGAAAAUGAUGAUGCUUUUAGCACAAAAAAAUAAGGCGUUGAGGGAAAAGUUUAAGGAAUCCAAACAAUUACAACGUAAUAUUAAAACGAUCGAUCCCGACUUUUUUCCUACUAGUGAUUCAGAUGAUGAUCCCGCAUUUUCAAGAUUCAACAGUGCUGAUCAAUUACUAGCUCCGAUUCUUCCUUCCUCAAAUGGUUUCGACUUUGAAGAUUCACAUUUUUUAUCGGG